AUGGUCAGCACAUCGCUCGGAGAAUCGGACGCCAAGUUUCCGAACCAGCACGGUGAUGGGCUUCCGCCGUCGCCAACACGCGAGAAUCCCGGCCAGGUGUACCCGAAAUCCGAUCCUUCGCCGGCGCCCCGCACUCCAGCUACGCCCGUUACACCCCUCGCGAAUCCUUUCCUUUUCCGAGCCGUGCUUGACGACCUCGACACCGCGCUCGGGCGCGCAGCUGACGUGGUAAGGAGCGAGGCCCCAGGGGGUGGCUUGUUUGACAUGAUCGACGGCUGGCGCAGGGAUCUUGCCGGCGUGCGCGCUCGGUCGAGUCCAGGAGCAAGCAGGAGUCAGAGCGCUGGAAGGGAAGGACUGACGGAGAGAGCCGGGUUUAGUAUAGGCAGGAUUGUCGAGGACAUGCAGACAGGACAUGGAGCGGAGAGGGGAAGAGGGAGGGAAAUGGAUAUCAGGAUUAGAGGGGGGGACACAGACGCGGAGUCGGCGGAGAGCGGGGGGAUCUUCGUGGAUUGA